AUGGAAACAGGGUCCUCUCGUCUUCUGCCUCGAUUAUUGUCUCCAAGGCCAGCUAUGAUACGGUGGUCGGUCGUCUUGCACUGCCAACUUCGCUUGCCACAACUCCGCUACGAGCGCCUCGAGACGCCAUCUUUCGGCUGGAAAAGCGUGCGGGUUGAUUCUCGCCACACGGCGACAGAGGCGGUGCUGUACGAAGCGAUGGCGGUCGGCCUGCCGAAGCGUGUCACAUGGCAGCAAGCAGCUGGCCCCCCGCAGAAGGUCACGUCGUCGUCAUGCCAACAAACUCGCGAGAUGAUGUGGGUGGUCGAGGCGCAGGGAAGCUUCGAGACGCUCUAA